UUCCGUUACCACAGCCACUAGCUAAAUGUCCAACUGCUAGCUUGCAACUAACUGUAAGCAGUGGAAGUCAGUAAAGUCCUCGUAAAUUGUAAACAUUAAACUGUCCGGCACUUUUAAAUCCGGAGGGCAGAUCUAACCCAUAGACUGUAUAUUUAAAGGUCUAACCCCAGCAUGUGCUCCGUCCUCGGAUGUUGUUCUUUGAGUCGCCAUGCGCAACGCUUCAAGUUACCCGAGGAUCCGGACAGGAGGCUGGAGUGGGUUCAGUUUAUUUUUGAAGCAAACAAGCAACAACUUAAAGAAUCGUGCUGGACUGACAUCACCAUAUGUAAAGAACACUUUACUGAUGACUGGUUUGAGCACCUGAGUACGGCGGCAGACACGGUCCAGCUGAAGCCCAGUGCUGUCCCCUCAGUGAGGGUCAAGGCAGAGCCAGAAGAGCUGCUGGAGAGCCCACACUAUGUGGUGAAGCCUGUGGAUAACCAAGGUGCUGCUCCUCAGUGUGGUGACCUUAAUGAUUCAACUUUAAAUCCACCUGCUGCUUUGAAUGCUGUCUCUUCUGGAUACCCCCAGAUACAACUCAAAGUUAAGAAUGUGGAUCUGAACAAUCAGGAAGCUGCUCCUCUGCAGAUAAAAGCAAAGCAUGUUGUGAAUGAACGCUGCCUCUUCCAGUUGUUCCGCCGUAAGUGCCCGUCAUGUGGAUGCAAACUUCAGAUGGAGAAGGUCACCUAUGGCGAGCUCAUCAUCUUGAACCAACAGUGUGUUCAGUGUGACUACAGACACCAGUGGAAAAGCCAAGUCAAUGCCAGCGUGCCCACAGCUGAAGAUCAACCCCUAACAGAAGAUAUAGACGUAACGCCAGAGACCCAUCAGAAAAUGUCUACUGAUGGCAACCCCAGCAGCACAGUUCGCUCUGAGAUUGUUACGUUCAGUGAUGAAGAAAGUGAUCCGUCGGAUGAAGGAGAGCAAGGGGAUGAAGGUGGGGUGAGUUCAGAUUUCGAAUGGGAACCAACUGACGAUUUCACUGAAAAGCUCACAAAGGAGUCUGAAGAGGAAAGAGAAAGCGGAGAGGAACAAGAUUUGUAUAACAAAGGGCUCUGCACAGAGUGUGGACGUUUUUUUCUGAAGUCUCACACAUGUGAGCACAAAAUAAAGCCCUAUUCCUGCAAUAUAUGUGGCAAAAGAUGUGUUAAUGAGCUGUCUCUGAAAUCUCACAGCAGAAUCCACGAUGAAACGUAUGACCAUCUGUGUAAAUACUGCCACGUUGCCUUCAAAACAAAGCUGGACAAACUAAAACAUCAGCAGACCCAUGAAGAUAGCACAGAUCCCUAUAAAUGUCCUCACUGUCCAGAGACAUUUUCCACCUAUAAAAGACGCUUGUACCACUUGGCAAAACACAGAACAUUAAAGAAGCCCAAAUGUGAAAUUUGUGGGAAUGAAUUUAGGAGUGCACGUCAUCUUCGGAGACACUCUAUUGUGCACACAGGAUUGAAACCGCAUAAAUGUUCAGAGUGCGAACGCAGCUUCAACCAGGCGGGACACCUGAAGUCCCACAUGCGUCUGCACACAGGAGAGAGGCCUUUUAAGUGUCUGCAAUGUGACAAAAGCUUCAAUCACAACGUGAGCUUGAAGAGUCAUUUGCAGAGUUACCACUAGUCAAGCUCUGGCCUGGGCGGAAGAAUUGUAAGUUAAAAAAAACAGUCAGCGCCACUGGUGAUGCUGACGACAGUAGAAAUGAGAGAGGCACGACUCUAGGUUUGACAUGUGGAAAGAGAAGAAGAUACAGAAGAAGAUAAAUGAAGACUGUGCAAAAAAGAAGGAGAAAUACAGGAAGACCUAAAGGAAGGUCUGAGAGAAAUUCUGCAGGCAAACGUUGAAACUCUAAGACUGUAACUUCUAGGAAAACAGGUUCCAGCGAUGAGAAAAGUGAAGACAAGCAAUCAGACAGUGACUUAUCCUUUGACUUGGCAGAGCGUGAAGAAGAGGAUGAGAGUGAGACCUUCAGGAAGAGCAUCAACGAAAAGGAGGCACAGCAGCCAGAGCAGCGGUAAAAGCACGGGGAAACUUAAGGGAAGAACAAUAAAUAAAUACAGUUUCCAGCAUUGAUACAACUUGAUAUAAUCAAACAUUCACCAGUGCUAUUUAGUAGCUUUUGGUACAUUUUGGAAAAUAAAAUAAGUUUUUAGGCUUGCUUUAUAUCAAAUAUAGUGCAAAAUGGGUUGGUCAAAAAUAUUAGCUCCCAUGUGAAUUUUUGCUUUCAAAACACACCUAAUCAAUCAAUCAGCUUUCAAGCCAAACCUGAGCAUUCAAUCAGCAUAAAAGGACUCCAAGAAACAGGCACUUGAAUACCUUAUUGAGGGAGACUAUACUACUACUCCUACUCACCAUGCCAAAGACAAAGGAAAUCAGUCUUGAGCUCAGAAAGAAGAUAGUGGAGGCUCAUGAUAAGGGGGAAGGCUAUACUGCUAUUUCCAAGCUCUUCACAGUGUCUAGAACUGCUGUGCGUUGCAUCAUUGCGAAGUACAAGGAGACACAUUCUGUAAGAAACAAACCUAGGCGUGGUCGAAAGCGCAAGAUUUCAAGGACUCUGGAGAGGAAAAUAGUCAGAGAUGUGAGCAAGAAUCCCCGGACAUCUGCCAAGAUGAUUGUUGCUGACCUGGCCUCUUCUGGAGUUGAUGUUUCAAGGAACACAGUUGUGAGGGCUCUUCAUCGUGGUGGGCUUCAGGACCAUCGUCCCAGAAGAACCCCUUUACUCAAAGAGUGGCACAUCAGAGCCAGACUGAGGUUUGCCCGUGAACAUUUGAAAGGUAAAGAUGAGUUUUGUAAGUCUGUGCUUUAAUCUGAUGAAACUAAACUGGAACUGUUUGGGCACAUGGAUGUUGCUCAUGUUUGGCGAAGAAAGGGAGAGGCCUUCAACCCUAAGAACACAUCAUGCCGUGGGGCUGUUUUGCAGCCUCAGGCACAGGGUGCCUUGUUCGGGUGCAAGGCAUCAUGAACAAUUAAAUUUAUGUUGACAUUUUGAGGGAUAAUAUGAAAAAAUCUGCUCUUAGUCUUCGCUUAGGUCUUCCAACAAGUCAAUGACCCAAAGCACACAUCAAAAUUGGUCCAACAGUUCCUAAAGGACACCAAAACCAAGGUGCUGGAGUGGACCGCCCAGAUCUGAAUCCUAUUGAGAAUCUUGCGGGUGCUCAAAGUGAAUGUCCAUGCUUGGAAACCAUGCAAUUUGGACCAGCUGGAACAAUUUGCAAUGGAAGAAUGGGCCAAAAUCCCUCAAGAGACCUGUGCCAACCUAGUAAAGAACUACUCUAAUAGGUUGUUGUCAGUUGUGGCUCAGAAAGGGUACACUAUUGACUAUUAUGGCGCAUUUCCACUGCAGCGGGUAGCCCCGUUUAAGCGUCCUUAAUCGUCCUCAAGCGGCCAGGCCAGUUUUUGGUGGCCUUUCCAUAUAGCGUAGCACCGGCUAGCGGGUACUUUU